UAUCGUCUUGAGAAAGUCCCAGAAAGGAUUAUAUUCAGUAAAAAUGCAGAAAUUUCAGGACUCGCGGGAUCGCGUGGUCGAGGAUGCUAGCACUAUAUCGAUGCGUAUUUGCCAAGAGGGACAUGCAAAUGCCCUUGCUCUUAAUAGAGAAUGCAAUCAAAUAGCUGUUGCGGGCAGAAGUCUUUUAAAGGUAUUCGCCAUUUAUAGCGAUGGCUUUACGGAAGUUUGCAAUAUGCGUGGUGGCAAAAAUCAAAAUCUCAGCUACUCGUCCAACGAUGUGGCAUGGAGUUCGUUGGAUAGUAAUAUAUUGGCCACGGCUGCGACGAACGGCGUUGUUUCUGUAUGGGAUCUAAGUCGUUUUGGCCAGAAGAAACAACUUCAUGUUUAUAAUGAGCACGAACGCACAGCACACACAGUUGCCUUCGACAUACACGAUCCUCACAUACUUGUUUCUGGUUCGCAAGAUGGUACUAUUAAACAAUUCGAUAUUCGCAACGACAAGUCAUCGUAUACUUACUAUAGUAAUUCAGAAUCGGUGCGUGAUGUUAAAUUCAGUCCACAUACACAAUAUGUUAUUUCAGCGGUUUCGGAGAAUGGCACGGUGCAGUUGUGGGACCUGCGAAAAGGGGACAAAAGUAUUUUACAAUUUACUGCGCAUAGUGGGCCAAUUUAUACGUGUGACUGGCACCCGACCAAAAACUGGCUGGCCACCGGCAGCCGCGAUAAACAAAUCAAAGUUUGGAAUAUGGAUGGCAAGGCUUCCCUAGAGCAUACAAUACAUACGAUUGCCGUGGUGGGCCGAGUUAAAUGGCGUCCUGACCGAACCUAUCAUAUAGCAAGCUGUGCACUGGUAGUUGAUUACAGCAUACAUAUCUGGGACAUCCGACGACCCUAUAUACCAUUUGCCUCAUUCAAUGAUCACACAAAUGUUACCACAGGCAUCGCUUGGAAGGGUGAUAACUCUCAGCUCCUACUCUCGACCAGCAAAGAUUCAACUAUUUAUAGGCACGCAUUUAAAGACGCAGCGCGCCCUGCACUAAAAGCAAACGCACAAGGUGCCAGUUUAGGAUAUCGCGGAGAUAUAUCAUUUGCGCGGAAAAUCAAAGCAUCGCAAACAGAGCCAAUCACGCAUGGUUCUAAAAUGAACUCUAUAACUCGGCAAAGAUCCAGCAACUCAGAAGAGCAAUUUCAUUUAGCACAGUCGGAUGUGUGCCAGUUUAUUCUAAAGCCAUCGUAUACUGGCUACUCGGCAAAAGAGGAAAUUACACACUUGAAGGAACACGAGUGCUUCAUUGGUUGUGCAAAGGAACUUAUUUUGAGUAGUAGAAAGUUAUCAGAUAUAUGCGAACAUAAUAGUAGUGUUACAAAAAAAUAUGGCAAACAUAAUGCAACCACUUUGUGGAAUUUCAUCAAAGUUUUAUAUGGCAGUAACGAAUUCAGCAAGCAGAAGUAUGAGAUACACCGCAACUCAUUCUCAAAUCAGAAAAGUGUGCAAUCUUCACGCCGUCCCACACAAAUAGCUAACGCACACGAAGUACUGCAAUGGGACCGUAAUGAGCACAAUGACAACAACAACAAUGAUGACGCUGUAGACACGGUCGUCCAACUGGAAAUUGAUUCGUCUAGCGGUGUUGUUGGUGUAGGUGUGGGAAGCGGUAAACAAAACUACCCACCUUUUGGUUCUGUGAUACUCUCCGAAACGCAAAUACUUAACGAAAUAACGUUUGAUAACUUUGAGCUGCUACGUGAGGGCUUUAUAUAUGUAGGACCACCAGACUUCUCCAAAAUGCAAUCGCACCAAGAAACACCACUACAUCAUGACGUGCAGGCGGCACGCCCUCAAUUGGAUUUAAAGGCCGAAUGCAAGGAGACUUCCCCGCCACCCAACAUGCCAAGUGUUCUAAAGCUUUCAAAUGCGCCUGCCAUUCCUAUUUGGGAGCCCCAUCAAUUCGUUGCCGAAUCAAUUAUGCUGCAAGGCGAUGUUGGUGACGUACAAUCUGCCAUUUCUAUACUUAUCGCCAUGGGUGAGGCGCGUAAACUACUUCAAAUCGAUGACGUACUUAUUGAAAUGUGGUUCCAAACAUACAUUGAUCAGUUGCAUCGCUAUCAACUGUGGAAUGAGGCAUGCAAAGUUGUUAAUCUGUCGUGGUUGCGCUCGGUACGAGAGUUGAAUCAACAAUCCACUUCUGUGCACACGAAUUGUAGUGAGUGCGGGCGUCCGUUAGGCGGCAGCGUAGGCUGGUUCUGCCAAAAAUGCAAGUCCAUGCAGUCAUCCAAGUGCAGUGUUUGUGGUCUGAUCGUGCGUGGCCUUUAUGCCUGGUGUCAAGGCUGCUCACAUGGUGGCCAUUUGGAACAUAUUAUGGAUUAUUUCGCCAAUCAUUUUAAAUGUCCCAAAUGCGGUCACCUAUGCGAAUAUAAUUAGUGUGUUCCGGUAAGAGAUUAGUAGUAAGUACAUAUGUAUGUUUAAGUUAGAAAAUGUCGCUAGCGCAGGUACUUACAAGUUUUUCACCAAAAGCAAGGUUAAAUAAUACACACCAACUUACUUAAAGUAUGUAAAAUACAUUUUAAUAUGCAUCUACUUAGAUACAUAAGAAUAUUUCAACAGCAGCAAAAUUAAAAUGUUUAGCUAUUUGCAUUUACAGUUAGCUAUUUUAUAAACGUACUUUUAAAGGGCAAAAUUACUACUACCUUUUUGUGCCAGCCGCGUUUGCAAGAAAAAAAUCAAAAUCAAAUCAAACGGUUAAACUAAACACAUACAUAUUUGCAUUGUAUGCAUGAACAAUUAGACGUAAUAAGAAUUUAAAUGAAGAUAAAUAAAAAUAAGUACUUUUCUAUUGUAUGUCUUGCCUGA